AUGUCAUAUGAACCAAAUAAACGAAAAUCUAAAUUAUCAGCAUUGACAUCAAGAUUACCUAUACCUUCUUCUCAUUCUCAUUCUCAUUCCCAUUCCCAUUCCCAUAAUUCAUCUGAUCGAUUGAGGAGAUCAUCCAAUUCAGCUACACCAUUAAAUCCAUUUGGUAACACCAAUUCAUCGUCGUCACCCAAUUCACCUACGAACGGCAAUUCAAAUUACAGUUAUAGUGGCAGCAGUAAUAAUCAUUUAUACGGUAGAAGUGGAUCACCAACUUAUUCAGAAGGAAUGUCAUCUACCAUACAUGGCCAUCAACCUGAACAAGUCAAUUAUAGGAAUGAUGACGAUUUAAUUCCACCUGUAGCACCAUUUCAUCCAACGGAUUCAAACCUAUCAUCUAGAAGAUCAUCUUCUUCCCUUUUGGCUGCGGGCGGUAACAAUGGAAUAGAUGGGAAAGAAGGAUUAACCAAAAAUAGACAAUCUUCCCUAUCAUUAAACUACGUUCCAGCUAAAUUCACUAGAUUACACGCACCUGGAGAUAGGUUCAAUAAAGCCAAGCAGGGUGGUGGUAGAGAUGCUUUUGCCAAAAACGCUUCGAGAAUGGGUAUGAUGGGUACGGUAGAUGAUGAUGAAGGUGUCGUGUUUCAAGUUGGUAAAGGUGGAUUGAAAAAGAAAAAACCAAAAUUAAGAUGGAACAGAUUUAAAUGGGUUUUAUUCGUUGCUAAUACCAUUCUCAUCGCAUACGGAAUGAUAGCUCUAGUAUCUGCAAUUCUGGUCUGGCUUAAUGUAUUCUAUCAAUCUGAUGUGAUCAGAGUAGGUAAUCGAGUCGAACUUAUCAUAUCGACAAUCGCAGCAGCUCUCAUACUCUUGACCUCCCUCAUCGGUUAUGCCGGUAUCCUACUCAACAAUCGAGCUUUCUUAGCUGUUUAUACAUUGUUGUUAUGGUUCUGUCUGGCUUUAAUGGUCACUCCUGGAUACAUGACUUACAAACAGAAGACGUUCAACUUGGAGGGAAAAAUCAACAGUCAAUGGAGUCGGAAUUUGGGAUCUCAAGGUCGAUUGAGAAUUCAAGAUGCUCUCCGAUGUUGCGGAUAUUUCUCACCGUUUGUGGAAGCUACAGUAUCACCAUUAUGUUAUGCUCGGUCAAAUCUACCAGAAUGUAAAGCGAAAUAUCUUCGUUUGGAAAGACAUGUUUUAUCAAUCUGGGUAGCAUGUUCAUUCGGUUUAGUCCCCGCACAUAUCUUGAUCAUUAUCGCAAGUUUAUUAUGCUCGAAUCACAUCACCUAUAGAUUCGGUAAAGGCCUUACUCCGAAAAGAUAUCGACUGGAUUUGGGUAGUAUGGCUGUGAUAAUGGAUGAAUAUGCCGGCCAAAUAGCAGCUCAGUACGGACCGAACGUAGCUGCAGCAGCCUUAAAUCGAUCUUCAGUCUAUCUACCAAACGAUAACGAUUCUUUAUCAGGAUCUCAAAGGGGUUCAUCAACAAACUUACAUGCCAAUGGUAAUUCGACGAGUUUGGCACCACCUCUGACUGUGCCCACAUCCAGAAUGUCAACGCAUUCAACUGGAUAUAAUUCGAACUUGUUAGGCAGUGGCGCAUCUACAAGAGGUGUCUCAUUAUACGAUCCUAAUAAUCCAAGAGCAUCCUUCGAUCAGCAUCUAAGAAGAGAUUCAGAUACUUCUCUAACUCAAGGUGGAGGUGGAGGAAAUAACAGAUAUUAUGAUGGUAGUAAUGAUACAACCAGGGGAGGUUCAACGUACGGAAAUUCAGGUUUGGGUAAUGAGAGCGUUAUUAGUUUUUCAAGUGAUGAUCAUAGACAAGGACAAGGACAAUAUCAAGGGAAGAGAUAA